AGAUAAGAGAGAGAGGAGAGAGGGAGAGUGUGUGUGUGCGUGGAAGAGAGAGAGAGAAGAGAGAGGAGAGGGAGAGGACACGCACUCUAAAGCAGCUACUUUUUUUUCCUCCCCUUCUCUUUCCCCCCAUCCCAGGAUCCAAUGAUAGCUGGACAAGUCAGUAAGCCCUCGCUGUCAGCGCGGAGUGAAAUGAAUGCGGAGUUGAGAGGUGAAGACAAGGCUGAUACUUCAGACAGCGAGCUGAAUGAGUCCCUGCUUGCGCCUGUGGAAUCAAAUGACAACGAGGACACUCCCAGCAAGCUCUUCGGGGCCAGAGGCAACGCAGCACUGUCAGAUCCAGGCUCUCCCGAGCAACACCCAGCCAGUCAGACCCACCCUCCAUUUCCUGUUGGGCCACAGCCGCUUCUGACGGCCCAGCAGCUCGCCUCUGCUGUGGCUGGCGUGAUGCCUGGAGGCCCCCCAGCCCUCAACCAGCCCAUCCUCAUCCCAUUCAACAUGGCCGGACAGCUCGGGGGCCAACAGGGACUGGUCCUCACACUGCCCACAGCGAAUCUCACCAACAUCCAAGGACUGGUAGCAGCAGCUGCAGCUGGAGGCAUCAUGACUCUACCAUUGCAAAAUCUACAAGCUACCUCAUCCCUGAACUCCCAAUUGCAACAGCUUCAGCAGCUCCAACAGCUUCAGCAACAGCAGCAGCAGCAGCAGCAGCAGCCCACUGCACCACCAACCAACCAGCAGCCCCAGCAGCCCCAGCCCGCACCCCAGGCCCCGCAGCCACUACCCGCCUCCCAGCCUCCGGCAGCUCCCGCAUCCCAGCUGCUACAGGCCCCACAGUCGCAGCCGCCGCAGCACCAGCCCCACUCCCAGCCCCAGAACCAGAGCCAGUCACCUCCAACCCACCAGAGCUCCAGCCCCCCGCAGAAGCCCAGCCAGUCUCCGGGCCACGGCCUUCCGUCUCCGCUCACGCCUCCCACCCCUCUGCAGCUGGUUAAUAAUCCUCUAGCAAGUCAGGCCGCAGCGGCUGCAGCCAUGGGCUCCCUAGCAAGCUCCCAGGCCUUUGGCAAUGCCCUCUCCAGCCUUCAGGGGGUCACGGGUCAACUAGUUACUAAUGCACAAGGACAGAUUAUUGGGACCAUUCCACUGAUGCCUAAUCCAGGGCCUUCGAGCCAAGCAACGAGCGGCACUCAGGGCCUUCAAGUACAGCCUAUCACCCCCCAGCUCCUGACAAAUGCCCAGGGCCAGAUCAUCGCCACAGUCAUCGGGAACCAGAUCCUGCCUGUGAUCAACACCCAGGGCAUCACACUCUCCCCCAUCAAACCAGGCCAGCAGCUCCACCAACCCUCCCAGACGUCAGUGGGUCAAGGAGCCUCCCAAGGGACCCUCCUGCACCUGGCUCACAGCCAAGCAUCUAUGUCUCAAAGUCCUGUCCGACAGCCUUCCUCCUCUUCCUCCUCAUCCUCCUCUUCUUCAGCUUUGAGCGUGGGCCAGUUAGUCAGCAAUCCUCAAACGGCAGCGGGUGAGGUGGAUGGGGUUAAUCUGGAGGAGAUCCGAGAAUUUGCCAAAGCUUUUAAAAUCCGGCGCCUGUCCCUUGGCCUGACCCAGACUCAGGUGGGACAAGCUCUCAGUGCCACAGAGGGGCCCGCAUACAGCCAGUCGGCCAUCUGCAGACACACCAUCCUGAGAAGCCACUUUUUCCUACCACAGGAAGCCCAAGAGAACACUAUAGCUAGCAGUCUCACAGCCAAACUGAACCCUGGCCUUUUGUAUCCUGCCAGGUUUGAAAAGCUGGACAUCACCCCUAAAAGUGCCCAGAAGAUCAAGCCGGUGCUUGAGCGGUGGAUGGCUGAGGCUGAGGCCCGCCAUCGAGCCGGGAUGCAGAACCUCACCGAGUUUAUCGGGAGUGAACCGUCCAAAAAGCGCAAGCGGCGCACCUCCUUCACACCCCAGGCCCUUGAGAUCCUCAAUGCCCACUUUGAGAAGAACACACACCCCUCUGGGCAGGAAAUGACCGAAAUUGCUGAGAAGCUGAACUAUGACCGGGAGGUAGUUAGAGUUUGGUUCUGCAAUAAGAGGCAAGCCCUGAAGAACACAAUCAAACGCUUAAAACAGCACGAGCCGGCCACCGCAGUCCCGCUCGAGCCCCUAACGGACUCUCUGGAAGAAAACUCCUAAAGACAGGCCCGUGCAUUGCAGACCCGAGAUCCACAGAAACUAAAUGCCACCCUUGGGGACUCCACCCAAACAGAAAGAAAGCAAAAGAAGCAAGAAUUAAAUUUAAAAACACCCCCUGUGAUCAUCACCCUUGUAUGUAAAAGACAAACCACCAAAUGGACAGAACAAUUUCUACAGGUCCGUUGGUUUCCCAACAAGAAAAAAAAAAUACAAGAAAAAAUUUUGGGAAAGUUUUUAAAGAAGGAAUACACCCCACAGAAGGUGUGCGUGGUAGGCUAGUUCCCUCCCCCCACCUGUCUCCCCAAAGCCAGUUUUUUAAAAGAAAACCAAAUAACCACAUACUUUUUUCUGUAUAUUAUGAAAAUGUGAACACAUUUUAAGGAAAAAGAAAAAGAAAAACUAAACUGAACAAAAAGAAAAAAAAGAGAAAGAAAAAGAAAAGAAAAAAAAAAUAUCAACAAAAACUUGUAUCUGUUCAAAGUGAAUACAAGCCUGCCACCUGCAGGAGGGUCUGUAUCCUGCCGGGUUCUAAGUGCUGAUUCACUAUGAAACCUAUUAACCAAAGUCAAAAAUAUGGCAUUGCAAACGCAAUCGUUCGUCUACUCUUUCUUCUCUGCGUGUAAAGUUGUGUUACGGAUUUUUACAUUUGUACUAACGGAAAAAUAGGAAGCCUGAUUUCUGCCAUCUUUCCCCCAUCUCCUGUCUCCCCAACAGGGUGGGUGCCGUCAAAGUCAUUCUGUGAGGCUCACUAUUGGUUCUGUGUAUUUUUUUUCCGUUCUUGUUGCGGUUUGUUUAAAGGUGGGGAGAGGGGGGCAUCCUGGAUCCUGUGCCAAAACACUGGUUGCUUUCUUCUCACUAAGACUUGUGGGUUUGAGAAACGGAGCUCGCCUUUCCCCGUUCAUCUCCCAUUUCUCCCUGGCACAUGGGGUUGCUGGACAGCAGUGGCUUUUCCACUACUGACAUGCAGGAGAGACUCCCCAGCAACUCGGGCUUUGCUGAGUGAACUGUUAACGCCGCCUUAAGCUCUAAUCAUGCUCACUGUCCACAACAGAGCUUGGGAUUUUGCUCAGUCUGCUGGCCACAUACAUGAAGAGCUGACCAAAAUGAAUUUUGUAAUAUAAACAUAAGCUGCAUAUUUGGUUCAGUACUUACAUUUUGUUAUGCUUCUGUGCAAAGCAAUUUCUCUCAAAAGUCUGAUAGCCAAAGAAAUGUCUCCAGAUUUCAGUCAAAAUACACACAGGCAUGCACACACCCGUAUCCACUCGCACGAAGAAACAGGUCACAAAGAAAGUGGUAGCAACCAGGUCCUUAAGACCCAUCGAGUAUCCUGUUAAUCCUUUUCUGCUAGUGCUUACAUCUGACAGCAAUGGCAGACUUUUGGGGGAGGAAUCUGUUCUUGGGAUAUAUACAGGAAGCAAAAAAGUGAUAGGCAAAUUUAAGCAGUUGGAUUUGGGCCUGGAAUUAGGUUCUAAGGACUAAGAAAUUUUAACAGUGAAGGGUCUCCACUGAAAGAUACAUAUAUAGAAGUAGCUCAUGUACCACAUCAGAAUAGCCUUCACUAUAAGAAUCAGGGGGUUCGCUCAUUUUAAAAAUGACUUCCUCAGAAGAUCUGUGGGUCAUAGUAGCCAAAGGAGCCCAAAGAUUGUGCAGGGAUUUAAAGACAGCUGUUGAGGGCCACAGCUGGAAUUGGCACCUGAUGUUCUCACCCAGGUGGAGCAGAAGGUGUUCCAUCAAAGAAAAGGGCAAAAAUAAUUGUCAAUUUGCUUGCUGUUGAACUGUAAAUAUCUAUGAGUAAUUAAUUAACAACCAUGCUCAUGUAUUAUCUGGAGAUAAAUUGUGAAAGGGAGAAAGAAAACCCACCCCAAGUUGCCCACUUUAUUAGAAAUUCCGUCUCCUUCCCCCAACUCCGUCCCUCCCCUCAGGGCUUCUGGUUGCUUCUUCUUGUGGCCCCUUGACACAUUGCAUACCUGAGCCCGCAUAACUGCCCCGUAAGAUGAUCUGUGCAACAGUCAGGAGACCCCAAGGAAAAUCUUUUUAAAAUCCUGGAAGUGGAAUCAGUUGCUUGUAAAACUGUUUCUACUUCACCGUCUGAUGCUAACCGGACCACACCCUUCCUGAUCCAUGCCAACUGCAUCAUGGUACCCAUUUCGCCACCUCAUAAACUGCACCAGUACCAACAACUCAGAAACCCACAACUUUAUUGAUUAAAAACAGAUUUUGUAUUCUCCUAGGACCUGUUCCAAAUUCCAUCAAGAAAAGCUCCCCAGGAAGAGAAGUUAACAAGAUAACAUAUGACGGAUGCUAAAUGUUUAAAUAUAUGCCGGCAGCUGUUACAUAAGGCCUGCACAGCCCUGAGAUCUAUAAUUGGGAGGGAAUAAGUAGGGCAGUGGAAACACAAAAGCAAUCGUCUGGAGUGGAACAAAAAAAGAAAUAUAUUCAUCCCACAGUCAUGAAACCAUUCACGUGCGGUGAUUUUUUUUAAAGUUUUAUAAUUUUGUAUUGUUUUUUAAAUUAUUUAUAAAGUGUUGUAAUGCUUCUUAUAUUAAUUUUUUACAGAUAAAUUUUUUGCUACAAGGCAUAAAAAGGUGCCUGAACAGAUUCUUAGAAAUAUAAAUUGUAUCAUGUAAUGCACCAGUCUUCAGGACCACACCUAUCACUUAAUUUUAUUAUGACCUGUCUGAUUUCCACUUGUAAACAACUUCAUAUGCCAAACAUCAUUUACGUGUCUUUUAUGUUUCUGUGAACUGAAGGUUAAGGUUGCCACCACCAACAACAAAAAAUGAAUAAAAGCCACUUUGGGCAUAUGCGAUUGUACUUCAAGCUUCAAUAUUUCCUUCACAAAUUUUUAAGUCAUUGUCAUUUUCGUUUUGUUUGUGAUUCGAUAGAAAACGUCAGUGGAUGUUGUAUUCCACACUUGUUUGUGGGAAUUUUUUCUUUGUCAGCCAAAAGAAAUAUUUUGAACAGUUAAAAGCUUCAUAAGCAUUUUCAGGGUUUGGGUUUUUUACAUUGUAAUCACACAGACACACAGGCACACAACACAACACGAAAGAGUGAACACACAAGCAAAAGGAGCUAGGAAAAACAGAACAAGUAGAGGCGUGUCAAAGAACUCAAGCUAUAACCAAAAAGAAAUCGUAAAUUGCCUUUGUUCAUCUUCUCUAUGCUGGACCAAAGCUCAGUAUUUGUAGGUAUAUGCACAGUGUAUAGAUAUGGCUAAAUGUUGCUGACAAUCUCGCAAUACUAAACUGUUCCUAUUUUAUGAAGAAGGAAAAAUAAAAGGAAUACAAACUGUUCAUCAGUGUUUUACCUCAGCACUCUGCUUGUCCUCGGUCAAUGACCAAGCAUAAACAAAAAGAAAAUCGAUUUUCAUUUCCAUGUUCAACUGUAAGACCUGUUUGGAAAAUAUUUUGUAACGAGCUUUUUUGUCACGUGAUUCGUUGCCUUCAACUUGAAAUUAUGUGAGGCACAUUGGUUUAUCUGUUAAGGAGGUGAAUUUAUUUUUUCUCUUUCUUUUCUGUUGGUUUUUGUUGUUGUUAUUGAUGUUGUUUAUUUAUUUGUUUUUUUGUCCUAUGUGCUGUGAUCUAGACUGGUCACCAGGGUCACUUAGGAGGCACCACAAGAGUUCUGCUUCUCCACGCCUGGAGCAGGCAGCAGGAGGGAGGGUAGAGAAACAGACUGGGUUGUUCCGGAAAAACCAUCGUGACGAGAAGUUGACAUGAGAGACUUGUGACCAAGAAGCCAAACUGGAUAUUUCAAAGCUCCUUACUUGCUCUGACAUUGAAACCAAAGCUGAUUUAUCUGCACAGGUUGCUUAAUGUUUAAAAAAAUAACUGUACUUAAUCUAGAGCAAUAUCUGUAUGGUUGGUAAAACUGCACUUUGUGUUUUUCUUAACAGCUUCAGAUCUGUCACUUUUAAUUUGUACCAUAAAAAAUAAAGAAUUGUUUGACAUGA